AACCUUUAAAUGGCAAGAAGAAGAAGAAAGCUUGUGUUGUUGUUACGGUGGUCUAGUCCGUACCGGAUCAUUGCCCCUCUUCUGAAAUCUGAUCGUGGCCAUUAAAGCUUCUCUCCUUUUUUGUUUUUGCCUUCACUAUAACACCUCAACAACACAGAGCUUUGUUGCUUUUCCUGAGAAAUCUGGGAAAUUUUCUCUCCAAAUCUAACAGUAAUUAGAAACUCUCUCUCUCUCUCUCUCUCUCUGUAGAGUCAUGUCCGAGAGUUGAUCUUGUUGUCCGAAGGAAUGCGAAAGGACUGACCUUUUUGUUUUCUCCUUUUCAUUUUCCCCCGUCUCUCUCUCUUUCUCUCCAAGGUUUGGAAGAAUUUCUUCGAAUUCCCUGUUUUUUCCCCAUCGAAUUUCUCCUUCUAAUGGCGAAAACCUGUCUGAACUCCAACUGAUCUGUGUUAUUUUUCUCUUCACUGUUUCAGGCUUUCUCUUAUUUUCUUCCCCUGUUGCUGCUGCUCUUCCUUUGCUUGUUUCUCGGGAAAAAAAAAGGCAAAAAAACACAAGAAUGGAGCAAGAGAAAAGUUUGGAUCCGCAGCUAUGGCACGCGUGCGCAGGAUCAAUGGUCCAAAUCCCGCCGGUGACCUCCACCGUCUUCUACUUCCCACAGGGCCAUGCCGAACACGCCCACGCGCCGUUGGACUUCCACGCGCCACCGCGCGUGCCUCCCCUCACCCUCUGCCGCGUCGCCGCCGUCAAGUUCCUCGCCGACGCUGAGACCGACGAAGUCUUCGCCAAGAUCACUCUGAUCCCUUUCCCCAACAACACCGCCGACGACCCAGAAAAUGACGCCGUUCCCGACAGCGGCGGAGACGUGAACAAGCCGGCGUCCUUCGCCAAAACGCUAACGCAGUCAGACGCGAACAACGGCGGCGGUUUCUCGGUGCCGCGUUACUGCGCGGAGACGAUAUUCCCGCGUCUGGAUUACACGGCGGAUCCGCCGGUGCAGACGGUGGUGGCGAAGGACAUCCACGGCGAGGUGUGGAAGUUCCGGCAUAUAUACAGAGGCACCCCUCGCCGGCAUCUCCUCACCACCGGCUGGAGCACCUUCGUCAAUCACAAGAAGCUCGUCGCCGGCGACUCCAUCGUCUUCCUCCGAAGCCCCGACUCCGGCGAACUCUGUGAGUAGAGCAAGGGAGGAACGGCGGCGAGACAGCGUGGCGACAGAGGAGAAGGGAGGGUAGUGGCGGAGGCGGUGGAGAGAGCGAGACGUGGGAAGGCGUUCGAGGUGGUGUACUACCCGCGAGCGAGUACGCCGGAGUUCUGCGUGAAGGCGAGUGAGGUGGGAAGGGCGAUGAGUAUAAGGUGGUGCAGUGGGAUGAGGUUCAAGAUGGCGUUCGAGACGGAGGACUCGUCCAGGAUCAGUUGGUUCAUGGGCACUGUCUCCGCCGUUCAGGUCGCCGAUCCCAUCCGCUGGCCCAAUUCCCCUUGGCGCCUCCUUCAGGUGGCGUGGGACGAGCCGGAUUUGCUGCAGAACGUGAAAAGGGUGAGUCCGUGGCUGGUGGAAUUGGUAUCGAACAUGCCUUCGAUCCAUCUCUCCCCCUUCUCCCCUCGCAAGAAGCUCAAGAUUCCUCCUCCCCCUUUCGAUUUCCCCUUCGAAGGCUCCAAAUUCCCGAUGUCGAUUCUCCACAAUGACAACAACAACGCUCCUGCAGGCAUACAGGGAGCCAGGCAUGCUCAUCAUCUGUUCGGACCAUCCUCUUUCUUGUCCGAUCUCAAUCUCAGCUCUUUCUCCGGCAACAACAAGCUCCAGUCCCCGGGCCUGUUUUUCCCCGGUUUCAAGCAGCUUAACCACCCUCAACCGCGGAAUUAUGAUACUACUCCCCUCCCCUGGCUGCAGAGGGAUCCUUCCCCGAGCAUCUCGUGCUCUCUGACGAUGGGGAACCCUGCUUCGGUUCAGGAUAGCAAAACCGGUUCUGGUAAGACCCACCAGUUCUUGCUGUUUGGUCAACCCAUCUUGACCGAACAGCAAGUCCUGAGCCGAAAACGGUCGUUGGAAGGACUGAAUCCAGAGGCCGAGGAGAAGCAUUCUGCUCGUGGCUUAACUUGGAACUGCAGUCUGGAAGGACUCGAGACGGGUCACUGCAAAGUGUUCAUGGAAUCCGAGGAUGUUGGACGAACCCUAGAUCUUUCGGUUAUAGGGUCAUACCAAGAGUUGUACCGGAAACUGGUCGAUAUGUUUGGAAUAGAAGAAAGAUCUGAUCUGUUGAUCCACAUUUUGUACCGGGCUGCAGAUGGUGACGUCAAACGUAUUGGAGACGAACCCUUCAGUGAUUUCAUGAGAACGGCUAAGCGGUUAACGAUCAAGAUGGAUACCGGUGGCGACAAUGUGAGAAAGAACUUGAUAACCGGAAUCGGGAAAGGCGAGAAUGGAAUAGAGGCGUCUAGCAAAACCGGUCCGCUUAGCAUCCUCGCCUGAACCAUACUGACGCAAGCGAUUUAGGGUUUUAACUCAAGAUUUGUUUUUAUAUAUUUUUGUUUUUUUUUUGUAGGGUGAUUUUGUGUUUCCAUCGCCUUGUAAGAAAAAGAAAAUAUUCUCGAGUUUUUAUAAUUUCCUUUUCGAUAUUAA